AUGUCUUCCUCUGUGUUAGAUAAACAGAGCAAGACAUUACAAGAACCCAAUACCUCAGUUCCAAAUUCAUCACACUUUAAUGGAUGGUUGAGUUCUUUGGCAGUAGCAACGUUAUCAAGAACGUCCGACAUUGUUGGCUGGUCAAGAAGAAUAAGCCAUGGGUCUCAGAAGGCUGGUCUACAGUUCCUAGUGGGUAGGAUUGCUAGGUUCUUGAAGGCUUGCAAGAAUGCCGAGCGUGUUGGUGCCGGAGCUCCGGUCUAUCUCUCUGUUGUCCUUGAAUACCUCGCUGCUGAGGUAUUGGAGUUGGCUGGGAAUGCAGCAAGGGAUAACACGAAGAAUCACAUAGUGCCAAGGCACAUUCAGCUUACAGUGAGGAAUGAUGAGGAGCUUAGCAGGCUUUUGUGUGGAUUCCAUUUUCCAAAUUAG